AUGAUCCGAUCCAACCCCACCGCUAUCCCUCUUCGAGCAUCCGACCUCAAAAUCCUCCAGGUCGAGAUCGACAAACGCAAAGCCGAGCGCGAGGAACAAGAGGCUGCUGGUGCCAACCCCCAAAGAACGACGCGCGAAGGCGAACGGAGACGGGAGGAAGGGGGGGAGAGGAGCGAGAAUGGGAAGAGUAGGGAGCAGGAGAGGAGGGAGAGGCAUGAGAGGAUUGGGCUGUGA